UGGAUUCUAUAAAACCACCGAAAUUAAUAUUUUCAAACUCAGUUGUUACUUGAUCCAAAACUAACUUGGCACUUUCGAAUCGAUCGAGAUAUUCAGAAUGUCCUCAGAAGCCGCCUCCGUCCCGCCGGACCAACUCAAGGACGAGAAAAAGAAGAGAAAAAAAUCGGUCAAAUCUUCGGAAGCGAAGUCGAAGAGUUCGAGCAGAAAAUCAUCCAAUGUCGUCAACGAUAACGGCGAACCCUUGGCGGCGGAAAACGGAGAAAAAGAAUCCGCAGAGAUUUCGCAGCCUCUGACGAACGGAACUUCCGAGCCGAACGAGAGCCACGAAAAAAUUGUCAACGGGACCACGUCGGAUUCAGCGGAUGACGUUAAAACGGAUGAAAAACUCGUGGUUCCCGAGGGCGCUGGACCGCAGGAAAAAAAUGUGAUAAUGCUGGGAGAAAAGGAUUUCAGGAAAUUGGCCGAGCUCAAAGAGGCCUUCUAUCUCUUCGAUAUCAAUCAGGACGGGUUCAUCGACAAGGAAGAUUUGAAAUUCACUUUUACUUCGAUGGGGAGACAGGACGUGAGCGAUGAAACCCUCGAUAAAAUGUUGUCCGAAAUGUCAUCAGAAGCCGUGGAUUUUGACGCAUUCGUUAAACUCUUCGGAUACAAAGCGGUGGAAUUGGACCCGGAGGAAGAGCUUUUGGACGCGUUGUCGAAGUGGGAUUACCUGGGAAACGGAAUGAUUUCGGAAGAAAGACUCAAGAGAGACCUGCAGGGAUGGGGCGACAAAUUUUCGGACAUCGAAACGGAGCGCGCUCUGGAAGAAGCCCCGGUAUACAAAAAAGAUGGCAACACCAUGAUCGACUACGUUAAAUUUUGCAACAAUAUCUGCGGCCUCCGUAACGUGGAAAAGACGAGGCAGAUAGAAAAGGAAGCAGCGGAUUACGAGGACGAUUUGAAACGUCGCUCGUCGAGGAGAUAAACGAGCAGAUCUGCGGGACAAAUUCGAAAUUCCAAUAAGAAUUCAAUUACGCGUUAGAUUAUAUUCGGCCCACUGGAAAAAAAAAUUCGUUUCAACGAAAUUA